UCAUCAAGACAUCACACCACAUCGUUCGAUUACAUUCAUCAGGUGUUCAGGCAGCACAACAACGUUCGAAGCGGCCGUAAUCGCGUGCCGCGCUCCUCGCAUGAUGUUUGGGUUGGACAGGUUAUUCUGCCCUACCAUGCCAUCAGCGUGCGGAAUCGUCGUUCAGUUGACUUUGUUUUGGGAUUUGAUUCAUGGCUCUAGGGCGAGGUGCUAUGCAGAUGGCGUUUUGGUCGCGGAUGGGACUCAUACGUGUAGCCGGGGGGAAAGCAUAAAAUUGAUUUCGGAUGUUAAGGAGGAAAGCCAAGGACUACCCGGAUCAAUGAUACCGACGUAUUGGUCUAGAUAUUUAUUGCAAGCACAAGGUCCAUAUAAGACCCUGAAUCAGUUCUCCUCCAUAACACCUCAGGGUCACGUACGCCUGUUGAGCGACUUCACCAACUCAAGCUUUCGACAUCGGAUGGUAGGGGCGAGCAAAGAGCCUUGCGUCUGUGGUAAAUUCAACAAGCGAAAGACAGCCUGGCGGUUGUCAACUUUCAAAUAGCAUCUAAAAAUUACGCACACACGCGACAAAUGAGAGUAAAUUCUUUGCGAUGCGAGUCAAGGUGGUAAAGGACUCGCUGCUGAUACAAACCUGAAAGCCUCGAGCCACGGUAAUCGGUUCAAUCCGCCGGCUGUCAAAUUCACAACAGCCUUGUGACCAGGGCACCCACAGGUUCUAGACCCAUUAGCAGAGGAAGCAGAGGAACUUCGUUAUUCCCAGCUCUGCGUAGGAGCAUUUUGACGAAUCCCAAGCAUUAGCGACGACUCGAGGGGCGCAAGGGUGCGGGCAUGCAUCUAAAGUAG